UUUAUGACCUUAUCUUCCCCGUGCUAUCUCGCCGAGUUCCGACUUUGAUUUUACUCUCUCCCUCUUUCUCUCUCUCUCUCUCUCUCUCUCAAAAACGUUCGAUUGAAGAAUUGCGUGUUCGAUCUGGGUCUCAGGCACAGCUUUGGGGUUUGAGGAAGGUGCAUAAACUUUGAGAUCUUCGUGUUCUGUUGCUCUGCCAUUAGACUGUCAGCCGGAGCCUGGAACAGUGAAAGAGUCGAGGAGGUCUCUUUAUCUUUUGGAGAGUAAUAGAACAGCAUGCGGUGGUGGCUGAGUCUCUCUGUUGACGUCUUCCGCAAAGUCAUCUCACUCAACCUUUAUUGUAGAGUAAUUCUGUAAUCCAUUCCGUCUACUCAGAACCCCUCAAGUUUUCUACGCCUCUUUUUAUAUCUCUCUCUAGUUUCCAUGGGAUCCAACUUUCUCGUCGUCGUUCCUUGUUAUGUCCGCCAGAUUAGCUGAAUAUUUCUGGACCUUUUCCCCAUAGUUUCAUCUGGAUCGUUUUCAUUGCGACAGAAUUCUAUUAGUUGCUGUAUUUGAUUGUUGAAAUUCGUUUCCCUGGUUUGUUUUAUUGGAUCUCUGUUUCUCGGUGAUAGAGAUUCAGCUUUCUGUUGAAUUCAUCUCUCUCUGGCUUCAGUUUUUUUUUUUCGGAGUUUUGAACUCUUUGUCCUCUGGAAAGUUCCAUCCCUCACAUCAAAGUGUUAGAAAGUAGUUAUGGUGUGCCAAGCAGCAAGUCAAACAAGAUUUCGGGCCAUGAAACACGAAAAUGGGAUUGCAGGGAGCGCGACGAUAAUUGUUAGAGUCAUUGCUUGCUUUCAACCUCUCCAGGACUGCCAGGUUCAUUGUGAAGUCUUAUGGUGUUUUACCUUUUGAACUUUAGGUGAUUGUUUUGGUUGGAUGGGAGGAGACUGUGGAACCUGGCUUCCUCAGCUGCAUUUUAAUUGGCAAUCACGCAAUUUGAAUUCCACGCGUGCUCCCCUUGAAAUAGGGCAGCGAAACCCCUUGUCUGCAUUUAUAAACUCUGGCACCAAUAUGGCUCCACUGGAUGGGGCUGUACCGGUUUACCCAUCUUCUAAACUACCUCAUUCUUGGAUAGGUCAAGCUAAUGAACCUCGUGAUUGGUUUCAUUAUGGACCUCAUUUCCACCAAUCCUUCACCCCUGCCCUUAACAACUCGAUUGCUGAAGGCAGACUGCCUGCUAACACCUAUGAAAGCUGCAGGCAGGCCUUCACACCCAAUGCAGGGUCUGAAUGUGCCCAGAAGAGGCUUCUUGUUGUUGAUCAAUCGAGGGACCAAACCACUUUAAUCUUUACGUCUGGGAUUGGGACUCCCGUCCAGUGUCUUACUUCUUGGAGUCCAAAACCUAGUGCUGUCUGUAACUUGGACGGGAAUGAACUUGGAAUUAAGGGAGAUUCGAACCAUUUCUCAGGACCAUUAUUAACUGACGAGUUUAAUGAAAAUCCCCUAAUUGAUGGUCAAAGCGAAAUGCAUGAAGACACUGAAGAACUCAAUGCCUUACUCUACUCAGACAAUGAUAGCGAUUAUACUGAAGAUGGCGAAGUUACCAGCACAGGUCAUUCACCUUGUUCAAUGACAGCUCAGGAUGAGAAAGAUUGGUUGGAAGGAAGUACUGAAGAAGUUGCUAGUUCUGCUGGGCCAACUAAGAAGCGGAAACUAUUCGAUGGAGUUUAUUGUGGUGUACCAUCCCUGAUGGACACGGCAAGUUCUAUGAAUGCCAACAAGUCCUCUGAAUGUGAAGAUGAUGCAGAAUCUAGUUGUGCCAAUGACAACAAUGUGGUGUCAAGAGAAAUGGGUUCGAUAUCAGGCAACAAGAGGAUGAAGAGGGAGAGGAUUCGUGAGACUGUGAACAUUUUACAAAGCAUAAUUCCUGGUGUCAGCAGCAAGGAUGCACUUGUGGUCCUCGAUCAAUCUAUACAUUACUUGAAGUCUUUGAAGCUCAAAGCCAAGGCUUUAGGACUUAAUGCCAUCUAAGUUGCAGGGUGCUUUCGAGAAUCGAGUCAAUAUCUUUAGUAGUGCGUGGUAUCAUCAGUUUCCGUAUAUUAUAAGAGUACAAAAUAUCAUACUGGGGUGUGAAUUUGCAUACGGGAGUUCUUAGCAGUGGAGGCAAAAGCUCUUUAGACAGUAGAGAGAAAAGCUUGAACGCCUCAACUCUUUCUGCGGUGAUCAAGUUGGAAAUUAGCAGCUUUGGCGUUGGAGAAUGUAUGUGUAAUUUCUUUCUAGAGAGGAUGAAGAAGUGCGGUAUAUUAUGUCAUAAUAAAGGGUGGUGAAUCAUUAGUCUUGUCUUAGGGUUUAGAGAAAGUGAAACCCACCCUUGGCGUGGAUUGUGGAUGAGAUGACUGGUUGUUCCAGACGGGGCCCAGAUAGAGGAGCGUGCACACCCCCCCGGUUUCUUGGGACCCAACUCACACUCUCUCUCUCUUUUUGUAUUCUUGUAAUGUUUAAUUGUUGGUGGCGUUAUCUUUUUCUUGAUGUAGAAAAAUCUGCACCAGCAAAGAGGCCGUAUCCAUUCAUCAUGCAACAACUUUGCUUGGGGGCCCUAGGUUCACCAUUUCCACGAAUCCUUGAACCCAAAAAAAAGUUAUCUUUUUUUUUUUCUCCUCCUUUCUUUCUUUCCUUCCUUUAAAUGUACAACUCUUUGUGGGAUUUGAUAUUUUCCCUUAUUUUAUGGUGCUGUAUGUUUGUGGAAAACUGAUAAUGUUUUGCUCGGUGCUAUCUAUCACGGGUUUAGUGGUAA